UAACUAAUAUUGUUUCUGUGAAUUCUCUCGCCACUGUGUUGAUUGAUUUAUCCAAAAGACAAAAAUAAUCACUUUUUUAUGUGCGUCGGCCAAUAUUUUCGCGUGCGUAUCUCCCCACUGUGUCAGUUUCUGAAAUUUUUUGAAAAUUCUCCUCCUGCCAAGAAUUCGAGAUGGAUAAUUUCUUGAGUAAAUGAGGAAGUACAUGCAGCAUCUAAAGGCUUUACCGACAAUCGUUCGAGAUGAAUGCAGAAUGGCAAACGGGCGAACUGGUGUGGUUCGAUCCGGGAGUCGGUCAUGUAUUACCUGGUGAAGUUGUUGAAUAUCACAGAGCUGCCAAUGUUCUCUCCGUUCAAGCAGUAAUUGCCGGCAAGCCGCAGACUUUUACUCUCACAAACCUGAGCGGAGUUAGACCGAGGCAAGAUCUUGGGCAAAAUGGAGUAGAAGAUAUGAUUCAACUAAAUGAUCUGAAUGAAGCCUCUCUACUAUGGAAUCUCAAAAUUCGUUAUGACAAAGAAUUGAUCUAUACCUACACUGGUAGUAUACUUGUAGCCGUGAAUCCGUACAAAAUGUUUGACAUUUACGGACUCGACCAGGUGAAAUUGUACGAGGGAAGAAUUCUCGGCACUUUGCCACCUCACCUGUUCGCUGUUGGCUCCUCGGCCUACAGUCAAGUAUCUACCGCCAAUAAUGCAACAGCAAAUCAAGUUGUAGUAAUUUCUGGGGAAUCUGGAUCGGGAAAAACGGAAUCAACAAAACUCGUCAUGCAAUAUUUGGCUGCUGUUAAUCGAGCGCCAAGUAAUUUAGUAACAGAACAAAUUUUAGAAGCAGCUCCCCUGCUUGAAAGUUUUGGUAAUGCCAAAACACUGCGAAAUGACAAUAGUAGUCGUUUUGGAAAAUAUUUGGAAGUCAAUUUCCGAGACGGUAUUAUUAUUGGGGGUCGAGUAACUCAAUAUCUCUUGGAAAAGAGUCGAAUUGUCACUCAGGCACAGGACGAACGGAAUUAUCACGUUUUUUAUGAAUUACUUGCUGGUCUUGAUCAGCAAUUGAGAGAUAAAUAUGGGCUGCUGACUCCGGAUAAAUAUUUCUAUCUUAAUCAAGGUGGAAAUUGUAAAAUUGAUGGAAAAAAUGAUACGGACGACUUCAAAGCUCUCUUAUCGGCGAUGCAAGUAUUGGGCUUUACGUCUGAAGAGCAGGAUACGAUAUUUCGAAUGUUAUCGAGUGUAUUGCACUUGGGUAAUGUAUAUUUUCAUAGAAAGCAAAUGAGACAUGGCCAGGAAGGAGUUGAAGUUGGCUCAGACGUUGAAAUACGGUGGGCAGCACAUUUGCUGCAAAUUAAUACAGAUGGAAUAAUUCGCGCUCUCACAACAAAAACAACAGAAGCGAGAAAUGAAAAAGUAUUGACUGCCUUAAACAUUGAUCAGGCAUUGGAUGCCAGAGAUGCAUUUGCUAAAGCACUUUACAGUUCCCUUUUCUCAUGGCUCGUAGCACGUGUUAACCAUAUUGUCUACAAAGGUACUAAACACACGUCAGCAAUAUCGAUUCUCGAUAUAUUUGGAUUUGAGAACUUCAGUGAAAACAGCUUUGAACAAUUGUGUAUUAAUUACGCCAAUGAAAAUUUGCAUUUUUAUUUCAAUAAACAUAUAUUCAAACUCGAACAACAGGAAUACGUGAAGGAAAAAAUUGAUUGGACAACUAUAAAUUACACAGACAAUUUACCAGUUAUACAUUUGAUAGCAAAAAAACCGGUUGGCAUACUUCAUCUUCUCGAUGAUGAGAGUAAUUUUCCAAAGGCAAGUGAUUUAUCAUUUUUAGAAAAAUGCCAUUACAAUCAUGCAUUGAGUGAAUUAUACUCGCGUCCCAGAAUGAAUUCCGCGGAGUUUGCGAUUAAACAUUAUGCUGGACAGGUUUGGUACAACGUUGAUGGAUUUCUUGACAAAAAUCGUGACACUUUGAGACCAGAUGUUGUUGAAUUACUGAUUGGUAGUAAAAUUCAAAUGGUCAGCAAAAUGUUUCAACACGUGAGAAAUUCCCAUGAAGCCAACAAAACAAUUAAUAAACCAAAUGGAAGAUUUGUAACCAUGAAACCAAGAACGCCAACAGUAUCUGCACGUUUUCAUGACAGUCUCCAACAACUUUUAGAAUCAAUGUCACAGUGCAAUCCCUGGUUUGUUCGUUGUAUCAAGCCAAACAAUGAUAAAGCACCGAUGAAAUAUGACAUGCCAUGUGUAUUAGAGCAAUUGAGAUACACCGGAAUGCUAGAGACAAUUCGUAUUCGUAAAACUGGAUAUCCAGUGCGUCUGAAUUUCGGUCAAUUCGUUGAGCGCUAUCGGUAUUUAAUGACAAAUCGUCUACCUCGUGGUGCACCCAACAAAGAAUUAUGCAGAAUUAUUUUGGAUAAAGCUGCACCUCAAAAUGCCCAUGAUCAAUAUCAAUUGGGUCUAACAAGAGUAUUUUUGAGAGAAUCAUUGGAAAGAAAUUUAGAAUACAAUCGAGCACUGAUUCUCGAACGAGCUGCCAUAACUGUUCAACGAUAUACAAGAGGCUUUCUUGCUCGCAGAAGAUUCAUCAAUGCAUCAAAGAGUACCAUUUUACUUCAGGCAGUUUAUCGCGGUUAUCGUGAUCGAAAAAAAUAUAAUCGGCUGAGACAUGGAGUUUUAAUGGCUCAGAAAUUGUGGCGCGGUAAAAAACAGAGGGAAAAAUUUCUGGUGCUCAAGAAAGAAAUGGCAAAGAGGGCUGAAAUUGAAAAGGCAAGUCGGGAAAGAGCCAGGGCUAAACAACAAAGGGAAGAGCAAGAAAAAGCAUCGAGAGCUGUCGCUGGAGUUAAUCAUCUUGAAAUACCAGCGGAAUUGGCAUUUAUUUACAGUAAACUCGAUGAUUGGCAACCAUUGCAUUCGGAAAGAAAUCUGUUGAAAGUCGUAGGACCAGUUAUAGUACCAUCUCUCAAUUACAAACUUCCCCUGGAUAUUGAUCAAUAUCAAUUUUCAAAGUUUACUAAUAUUUACUUCAAGAGUCACAUUUUUGGAAUGAAAAGGGAACCAAUUAAAACUCCAUUCUUGACGAAGGCAAGGGAUCAGGAUUACAGCGACUCCCUCAUCAUAUUCAAAAUGAUUCUCAGAUUUAUGAAUGAAAAUAAUCUCAGCGGGAAGAGAGAACACGCACUGGGAGAUUACAUUGUCAACAAAGGAAUCAUUAAUGAAAAAUUGAGGGAUGAAAUUCUCUGUCAAUUGGCUAAUCAAACUUGGAAAAAUGAUAACGAUGUCAAUAAAGAAAGAGGCUGGCUACUUCUGGCUAAUUGUCUCUCGGCAUUUCAACCGAGUUCGACUCUUUUCAAAUAUAUUUUGAAAUAUGUAUCGGAUCAUGCUUACGACGGCUACAAAGCCUAUUGCCAGCGAAAAUUACUCCAAGGUGAGCGCACACUGCUCAAAAUAAUGAAUAACAAUCAAUUAUCAUUGCACAAUAUACCGAGGAAUUAUCCACCUUGUGUACUCGAAUGGAGAGCCAACAGAAAUCGAGUGAAUAUGGCUUUGAAUGUUGGUUUUUAUGACGGGGAAACGACCACAUGUGCCAUCAAUUCGUGGACAACUUGCGAGGAACUGGCAAAUCUAGCUGUUAAAAAUCAUGGAGUUGAAAAUGAAGGCUGGACAGUAACCCUGUGGAAUCAAUUGGAUGGUCCCGAUGCAAUUGUAACGGAAACCAAUGGUUUUGAUUAUGUACUUGAUAUCAUCUCUGAAAUGGAAUUGGCACCGGCAUUUCCCGCGGCCAAACAUAUAUUCCUCGAGCAGCGAAAGAACAGCAAUAUUCUUCCAAUACAAAGGCGUGAACAAAAUACCCAAACAAUUAUUCGUGAUGCCGAUAAGGACAUGGAUGCCAUACGUGUAUCCCCAUCCGUAUUGAAGACAUUCCAGCCUUUGGAUAAAUCGUCACUGAAAAUAUCGGAUAAUGGUAAUAAAUCAUUGGAACCGGAAAUUUUAAUGCCCAAACGACCAGCGGUACCACCACCUCAGCCACCUGCAGCUAAGUCGUCACCAACCAGAAAACAAUCUCACGAGCCAAUACUAGAGACCGUUAAUUCCGGUGAAAUAGGACUUUCUCGUCAAUCGGCCCUGAAUGAUCGUUACUUCGAUAAGGAUAAACAACGGAGUAGAAGCUUAGACAAUCUACUUCAAUCUGAACUCACUCCACCUACGAAUAAACUCACAAAUCUUGGUCUCUCAUCGUCGAAAUUGAAUGAACGUUAUCACAGUCUAGAGAGAAUUGGGGAAAGCUCAGUGGUAUCUAAUUCUGAAUACAUGACUAGAAGUGAGGUAUCACAGGAGCGAAAAUACAGCAGAAUAGGUAGAAGUACAGAGCCAAAUAUUGUGGAAGAAGAAGAUGUUACGAUUGAUUUUGAAUAUCCAGAUAUUCAAUCAGUCAGUCAAACGGGAAGAUCUGAGGAUGAUAAAAGUAGUUACAUAAGAUCACAGACUCGUUUUAUCAAAUCACAGUAUCCAGGAAAAAGGGCUCACCCCGGAAGUCAGUCUAGUCGUGCUUAUAUUGAAAAAAGUGAAUACGGAGUGAAAUCGUCAGCCAUGUCAGAUACAAGUGAAGCGCCUUCAUUGGCAUCUCACGUACGACGUGUAAGAGUACCCAGUCAAGCUUCGGAUGUCGAUCAAUUUCUCGAUGAACUCUUUAUGCCAGUUCUCGAUGGAAAUCUCGAUGAAUUGUCGGAUGCCAGAAGUCUCGCGGCAAGUAUAAAGGGUACUAUUACCCCACAAACACCAAUUUCGAAAGAUUCAGACGAUAAUAAUUUCGAGAAAUUUAUGGAUUCAAUGACUGGUCAAGAAAAAUCAUCGUACAACGCAGCUUUGUCCCCUUCGAAUUUAUCGCGUUUAAUAAAAGGAGGUGGCAAUAUGGAUAUACCCAAUCAAAACAACACUUUCAACUACAGUCCAUUGUCUCCAGGUAUGAUGUCAUCAUCAAUGCUGAUGCCGGUAUUUUCACCGCCUCCGCAUCAGCAAAUGUCAACACCCAGUCAGAAUCCAAGUAUGAAUAUGGGUUCUGGAUUUAUGCCCAUUCCCAUAUACAAUAUGCAGGGAUUGAAUUUGCCACAAUAUCCCAACUCGCCACCAAGUAAUCAAAACGCCGAUAUGGUCGCCUACCAACAAAAUCUUCAACGGGCUUUCCUUCAAAGUGCCAUGGCUCAAAAUCUUCAAAUUCAACAGCAACUUCUAGCCCAAAAUCAAGCAUUUCAACAGCUCCUCGUGCAAAAUGGCACACAGUCAUUAUCUCUCAUCGAAAAUGAACCCGGUAAGCAUCAGAAUACAACAAAUCCCGGUAAUCAAUUGGAAACAGUAACGGUGAAGGCGCAAAUCCACCGAUCCCAGAGUCCACCGAAAAAAAAUUCAGAUAUAACCCGAAAAACAAGUGUGGAAUAUGGAGCUAGGAAGAUAAGUGUUGAUCGAAAAGCUGCCACGUCGACUCCAGAAUUAAAACGGACAAGUUCCGGGCGUACGAAUAUUCAAAGUAAUUUUACAAACGUUCUGAGUGAAUUAAAAAAUAGAAAAACAAGUGUUGAUAAUAAUCAGAGUCUCAUAAGCGGAAAAGGAGUGCCACCACCACCUCCAAUGCCUCCACCCCUUGAUGCACAUGAUCCCUCGGAGUCGCGACCAUUCCUGGAUCCAUAUGGCCGAGCUAAGACAGUGAGAAUUGGAAAAUGGAGAUGGCCACCCCCUAGUGAUCAAAAUGACAGCCAAAGUCAGGACAGUUUUAUGGAAUUCAAAAUGAGACAGCACCAGCAGCAGAGAAAAAUUACUCCUCAAUAUCAAGAGUACAAUCAAGGUAAUGGAGAUACCAGUGUGCAUGGCCAAGGGGAUGGCUCUGUUGAUUGGGAGGAAUUUGAAAUUGAUAACAUAAUUUCUAAAUCUCAAAUUGAUGAGAGUACCAUUAUUGAAACAACGACAACAGCUAUUCAUAUUCAUGGGCACAAGGAAGAGUCUGAGAAAAAGAAGAGAAAAUCAAAAUCUGCACUGGAAGUGGGAGCGCACAGGCCAUCACCGGGAAGUAUUGGUAAAUUGAAGCUCAGUUCCGAAAUGAGACAGCGAUUGGAAAAGGUUACUGCCAAUCACAGCGUCAGAUCAACGAAGACAAGUGAAAAACCAGCAUUACCAAGGGAUGAGAUCAAGAUCAAUCGGAUUGAGGACAAUCGAAAACUACUGCUUCAACAACAAUUGACCGGGAGAUGGGAUGAUUAUGCAUCAACCGCGGAUGAUGCACAGAGUACGACUUCCAAGGGUACAACUGAAAUGUUGACUCAAGCUCAAGUGGUUCGAACGCAAAUUGAACGAAUGGAAUGUCGUCCAAUACCUCCACCACCUCCAAUAUCACCUCCACAGACUCAGAGCCCUCAAAAUGGAAGCAUAUACACCAAUAACAACAACAAUAUCAAUAGUAAUAAUAACAAUCAAUCGAGUGGAUUACUAUCCUCACAAUUGUUGCCUCCUUCCAUCGAACCGAAAAAUAAUCGAGACAAUUUCCAUUCAUCGCCAGAUGCAGAAUCACAUAAUCAUUUCAAUAAUCCCAAUAUGUUUAGUCAGAGUAGAGACAUAUUUGCUUUGCAACACAAAUCGAAAAAAUCUCAUGGCAAAGAUACGGCGGACUUGGGGAGUACAACGAAAGACGAUAGAAGUUGUGAUUUCGAUUUACACCGAGACUUGAACUCGGAUAUUUUUGACAAAUUCUCACGAGACAUGUUUGACUCUGGGAAACGAGAUUCCUUCAGAACAAGUCGUGAUUUAUCACCAAAAUCUCGUGACAGUUUUGGCCUGCCGUCCUCACGGGAGUUCGGUGUUGUACCAAACACGAGGGAAUCGUUUGUCGUUGCAAGGCAAAGCUUCAAAAAAAUUGAAGCAGACAGACGAUCCAGCAUUGCGUCAACCCAUCGCACUGACAAAUUGGAGAGAAUAGAAAUUGAAGAGUGGCCAGAAUUUUUAAAACCCGUUCUUCCACCUGCUGAUAAACCGGAUAUUGAAAAAGCACAGGAAAUCACGGAUACAAAACUCUAUCCCCUCACCACCAAUACCCAUUUUACUUAUAAUCGGGUUUCAUGGACCCUCCGGGUAAAAAAAGAAGUAUUUGCGCCCAAUGAAGUCCUGUCAAGUCCUUUGGCACUUCAUUUAGUCUUUUGUCAAAUUGUUUAUGAUGUUUUGGCAACCAGUAGUAUAAAAAUAACUAAAGAAGAACGCCAGAAUAUGAUCAAACUUCUCCAUAACUACGGAGUUACACUGGAAAACCUCCAAAGCACUCACCAUAAAAUCACAAUAAAAAAGAAUGUAGUGGAUAUAGCUAAGCAGUGGUCUCUGUACUUUUCCCGAAUUUUUCCAGUUUCUAUUGGACCUCAACAACCAGACGCUGAGCACGUGGCCAUUUCCCACAGUGGUUUAAAAUUAUUAAAACGACACAUGUCAGGAGAAUUGGUGAUUUUAGAAACACUGACUUUGGAGGACAUUGUAUCAGUUGGAUCAUCAAAACCUAGCCUAUGUACAUUAACUAUUUCCUCCGGUGUUCGUCUGCCGUUGCAUACGAGUCGUGCCCCUCAACUCGCUGAAAUGAUUGCCAAUUACAUUCGUGUGGUUGAACAGAAGCCUUAUAUGAAGAUUCAGCAUGAGAGUCAUGUAUCUCAAAUAUCGAAGUCCAUUCAAUCUCAAGCAGAUCACCUGAACUCUCACCAGAAUCACAGCCAGAGCCAUAAUCCGUCGAAUCACGGUAAUCGCGAGAACAGUCAGAUAAAUCGAAAAGUUGCCCAUUCAGUUGCUGCACUCCAGACAAACGCUAGCCAUCCCAAAAAUCAGCGUAACAGUCAGCAUCAUAAUGGUCAGAGUACAGAGUGGCGACAACCAGAGGAAAUAAAUAAAUCUAAUGAAGAGAGCUUCUACGAGAGCGGACCAGUGAUCAACGAUGGGAAACAUUCACUUCUGCAGUAUGCCAUAUUGAAUUUCCGCCAGAGUACAGAGAAAUUCGAAAUGAUGAAAACAGCCGAUGGAUCGAUAAGUGGUUCCCUCAAAGUAAUUGAGUCAUUGAAGAACAAAAAAAAAGGUAAAAAGGCAAAGGGUCAUCAUGAUGGUACCGAGUGGACAUGGAAAGAGCAAGUUGAUCUCGUGAAAUUCUCGCAAGUGCCAAUAGAGCAGAGUCUUCUCCGCCUUGAAGGCGAAAUGAGUUCUCUCGCGGCUGAGUGUUUCUUGUGCCUCAUGAGGUACAUGGGUGAUCAACCAUUGCCUCCGAAUAUGAGUGAAGUCAACUGUGUUUAUACAAUCCUGAUGCACUGUCGCGGAUACGAACCACUGCGUGAUGAGGUUUAUUGUCAAUUAAUGAAACAAACGACUAAUAAUAAAAGUCCCAAUCCUGACAGCUGUCAGAGGGGAUGGAGACUUUUCAGUAUCGUCGCUGCGUAUUUUACGUGCAGUGAGGGCUUGAGACCAUAUUUAAUUAAAUAUCUCGAAACAGCAGCGUACGAUAAACGUCGUGCAUACCACGGAACUGCGACAGUUUGUCUACAAAAUUUGAGAAAAACCGUCAAGUAUGGUGGAAGGAAAAAUGUUCCCAGUGUCGAAGAAAUUAUGGCUAUAAGUGCCGGUAGAAAUGCCAAGAGACAGAUUUAUAGAUUGUCGGGUGGAACAGAAAGAGUCAUCAAUACCAAAUGCACUACUGUCGUUCAAGAUGUCAUCGAGGAAAUGUGCAGUGUCAUAUCAGUGAGGAAUCCCCACGAAAUGGAUGAAUUUUCAUUAUAUUGUAUUGUUGAUGGUGAUGCUUUCACCAUGCCCCUGGCCAGAGAUGAAUAUGUGCUUGAUGUGACAACGGGACUUCAUGAGAAUCAUCAAGUUUUCUAUUUAUUAUUCUGCAGAUCUGUAUGGUAUUAUCCACUCAGGUUGGACGCCGCACUCUAUAUCGAAGUAGUUUUCAAUCAAAUUGUCCCAGACUAUCUAGAAGGAUUAUUGUUAGUAAUUCCUGGAGAACAUUUAUCUCAAGAGAUCAUUUAUGACAUGGCUCAAAUAGCUGCACUCCUGCAUAGAAUAGCCGAAAAACCGCAUGAGCCAACAACGAAAGAAAUCAAAUAUCUUCUACCAAAACCAGCAUUAGGCUUGCGCGAACCUCGUCCACAAAAAUGGGGUAAUAUGGUUCAACAGGCGUGGAAUAAUAUACAGGAAAACACUUCGGCCAUAUGCAAAGCUCAAGUGCUUGAAAUUCUAUCGAAAUGGCCCUUAUUUGGAUCAAGCUUCUUCGGUGUAACACGAGUGCCUGAACCUGGCAAAGAAAAAGUUGGCGAUCACAUUUUGGCCCUCAAUCGUCAUGGAGUUCAUUUCAUUGAUUCAAUUACACAUGAAACGUUAUAUCAUUAUCCAUACUCCGAAGUCAUAUCCACUCGUAAAGUCAAAUCUGAAGAGGGAACACUGUACUUAGACAUGAAGUGUGGUAAUUUGAUGCAGCAACGCAUCACAAGACUCCAAACCGAACAAGCGCAUGAAAUUUCUCGACUGAUUCGCCAAUACAUCACAAUGGAACAGAGGACAACAAACAAUCAAGCGAGCAGCAUGGCAUACGGGCUGAGAUGAGCAAAAAUUCAUCUCCAUCUUCUUCUUUUUAACUGAAAUUCAAAUAACAAAUGCUCAAGUGACCAAACAAACCCAGCUGAUCUGCAUAUAUUGAUAAGCAUGGUUAAUGACGGUCCACUCUUGGAAUUACUAUAUUCCUACAACUGUCCUCUUUUUUGUACGUUUAUAUAACUCAAAGCUUUAAAGUUUAUUCUUUUACACUGAUUACUUAAUUUCUGUUGGAAUUAUAAUUUCGAUGUUUUUUUACUUAAAGAAUGAAAAAAGAAAGUUGUUGUGAAAAUGUUUAUCUCAUUUUCUUUUAAUACAAAUAAUUUUUCAAAAUAUUCAUUGUUUGUUCAUUUGCUUGUUUUUUUAUUUAUCCAAAAAUUAUUUUAAGCGAUGUUAUGAGGAUUCAUUUACUAAGUGCACAAAAUGUACUGACUAUCCACUUGAUAUAUUACUCCCAUAGAAACUUGGGCUAAUACUAAUCACAAGAUUUAAAAAUAGGUUUAAAAAAGAUCGUUUGAAUUUUAAGGCAUAUAAAUGCAUUAUAUAUUUUUACAAUGUAUCAAAAGUUAAUAAGUGUAAAUUUCAAUACUCAAUAAAAAAAAUAGUCAAAUUGUA